AUGACGUCGCGGCUAGACCGUCUGUUCGUGCUGCUGGAAGCUGGCGCUGGUGCUGCGACGCGGCGGGCAGCAGCUCGGCAACUUGGCGAGGUGCAGAAGGCACACCCUGAGGAGUUGCAUCGCCUGCUGGGAAGACUUAUGACGUACCUGCGUUCUCCGGCUUGGGAGACUAGGAUAGCUGCUACACAGGCUGUUGAGGCGAUACUCUCGAACGUUCCAGAAUGGCACCCCACACCGGCCACUGUGAAGAAGGAAGAGAAAACGGAGGCGGAAGAAAGUGGACGUCUCCGUUGCGAGACGUUCGACAUUGAGCGCGUGUUGGAGCACGGUGCACAUCUUAUGGGCUCUGAGGGCCACGAGUACGACCUUGAUGAAGAGUCAUUGUCGGCUGGAGAUAUAAAAGAGCGUUUGGCAAAACAACGACAGCAGCUUAACUCACGUUUAGGACUCGAUGUAGCCUCUAAGUUAGGCAUGGAUUUGACAUCAGUCUAUUCCAACGAAGACCUAUAUCCCGUCAAGGUGCAGGCUAAACUUGAGCCAAUACGGAGGCCAGUGCAGGAGCUGGUGACGAGCGCUUCUUCAAAGCCGCUGAGCUCGCGAGAGAUGAACGUGGCGAAGCGCAAGGCGCGCGCGGCCUUCAGCAAGCAGAAGUCGCGCGACUGCGAGGAAGCCACAUCCUCGGCGCCCGCCCCGCCUGACCCGCCCGCCUCGCCCCUCGAGCCCGCCCGUAAGAAGAUCAAGCUGGAGCCGCUCGACGACUUCGUUGUGGACAGCGAGGCGGCGGUGCCGGACGGGCUGGGCGCGUGGGCGCCGGCGUCGCGCUGGCCGCUGGAGGGCUGGUGCGCGGCGCUGCAGGCGCAGCUGUUCCACGGCGCGUGGGAGGCGCGCCACGGCGCCGCGGGCGCGCUGCGCGAGCUGCUGCGCGCGCGCGUCGCACUCGGCGCCGGACAGCACGACGCGCUCACCGCAGACCAGAUGGAGGACGCACAUCAGGAAUGGCUCGAAGACAUGGCACUGAGAUUACUUUGUGUGUUGGCGCUGGACCGCUUUGGUGACUUUGUAUCGGAUCAGGUGGUGGCGCCGGUGCGCGAGACGUGCGCGCAGACGCUGGGCGUGGCACUGGCGCGGCUGCGUGAGGACCGCGUGCGCCUGGUGGCGGCCGCGCUGACUCGCCUGGCGCGCCAUCCGCAGUGGGAGGCCCGCCACGGCGCGCUGCUCGCCUUCAAGUACCUGCUCGCCGCAAGACAGGAGGUGGCGUGCGCGGCGGGCGCGCUGGAGCAGCUGGUGGGCGCGCUGGGCGAUGCGGCGGAGGACGUGGCCGGCGUGGCGGCGGGCGCACUGGCGCCGGCCGCCGCUGCGCUAGCCGCCGCGCGCCCGCGCGCUUUGCCCGCCGUGGCGCGUCGCCUGUGCCAGCUGCUGCGCGACCAGGACGAUCUCGCCGCGCCCGCCAACGCCUACAUGGCACUGCUGGCCGCGCUCGCCGCGCUGCCCACCGCCGCGCGCCACCUGCACCCCAUCGACUUAUCGGACGUACUUCCACGACUAUGGCCGUACCUCGAUCAUUCGACCAGUUCUGUCCGGAAGGCGACUCUGCAGACACUGCGUACGCUCACUCGUCCACUGAUCACAGCCACUGACAAUGGUGAAGAACCGAAAAGUACAAAUGGACGGAGGGAAUCUGACAAAAUGGAGGAAGAUAUCAAAGGUGCCAAUGGUGUCGCCAAAACGGAGGUUACACGUUUCUUAGCGUGGACCCCGGAAUUAUUGCAAGAGGCCAUGAGGCAUAUUUAUCAACGGGUUUUAUUCGAACAUGUUCAUGAGAUACAAGAAGUUGCCUUGCAGGUAUGGGAAAACCUGCUUAAACAUGCAGCACUGGACGUGAUCCUUGUGGCAGCUUGUCCUAUGCUAGCCACGUGGAUGUGUCUUGCGAUGCAGCCAGCCAGGCUGCCCGUUGACCCCGCCUUGUUACUUUAUACGCCGCAUAAAGAGCGGCGAACCCGUUCAAAUUGUCUGCAGCAGGACAGCGAUAUGCCGGCGGAAGUGCGUCCCUGCCAGAAGUGGUUCGUCGGCGGCAGCGAGUCGCAGCCGGCGGCCGCGCGGGACCGCAACGUCACGCGCGCGCGCUGCCUCGCCGCGGACGUACUGGGACACUUGUCUUGCUAUCUAGUCCAACCAGCACCUGGUAUUGAGUAUAAAGCAGAGGACGAAAGCCCAAUAGAUUGUUAUGUUAAGGUAAUGGUAGUAUACCUGCGUUCAGGCAGCGCUUUACAAAGGCUCGUGGCUAGUCUAGUCGUGUCCGCCUGGGCCCGAUACACACUCAAGUGUAAAAUGUAUCCACCAAAUAUUCACGCCAAUGGAAGCAUUAAUGGAAACAAGGAAGAGGAUGGUGAGUGUGAGCAACAAAUGGACAUAUCCAAGUUGGCACCGCCAUUGCUCGUCAACACACUACAUACAGCGCUUAAUCAAGCUCUCUACUACGACGAAGUAGCACUUAAUUGUAAUCGAAUAUUACAAGAAGCUCGUGAUCUACUGGCUAUGAUGAAACACUACAAGCUCCCGGUCGAUGGUGAAGAGUUUAACAACAUACUAAGACUGGAACAGGUGGUUCACAUGACAAAUGUGACGCAACCAAUGGUAGCGGCGAUGAAGUCAAAACGCGUUUCACAAACACUGGAGGAGCGACGGAAGAGCUUGCAGACCUCCGUCAAUCAGUGCACAGUUGAACAGAGCACCUUAAACGUAUCAGUUCAGGCUGCUUUAGCUGGAGCUUGUGCAAAUUUGCACUGCCUUCCAGAGCGGCUAAAUCCGGUUGUCCGUCCGUUGAUGGAGAGUAUAAAAAAAGAACCAUCGGAGGAGUUACAGGCGCAUUCUGCCGACACUCUUGCCGUUUUGCUGGCACAACUGGUCGCAAGGGAGCCCUGUCCUAACAAUAAGGUGCUGGUCAACCUUAAGGCGUUUCUCAGAUGUGACCCGGAAUAUACACCUCGUGUGUACUUAGAGGAAGCAGAAGAAGGAGACUCUGGCAGCGGGGAUAGCAGCUCGGAGAGUAAAAAGGAGGUUCAGUCCCCAUAUCCAAUGCUGGACAAGCACAAGGGCAUCCUGACGCUGCGCGAGCAGCAGCGCAGCGCAGAGCGCGUAGCGCCGCGUCGUGGCCGCCCGCCCGCGGCAGUGCACGUCGCGCACGCGCACCACGACCUAGCGCUCGACUCGCUCUUCCCGCAAGAGGACGAGGCACGAAAAAUUUUGAGAAUUCAGAGAAGAGGAGCUACUCUUGCUUUGACAAGUCUGACAAAACACUUCGGUAAUGAAUUACCUGAGAAAUUACCAAAACUAUGGGAAUUCAUCACAGAGCCUUUCGAAAAAGUUAUGACCGACAGUGAUCUAACAGCGCAGGAGCCGGAGGUGGCGGAAGAGCUGAUCUCGCGGCUGCAGGUGGUGGAGGCGGUGUGUGCGCACGUGGGCGGCGCGCUGUGGCCGCGGCUGUUGGGCGGCGUGCGCGCGUGUGCCGCGCUCACCCGAGCGAUCUACACCGCGCUGCGGCACAUGGCAGCGCGCGCGCUGGCAGCCCUGGCGGCUCGUGACCCGCACGCCGUCAUGCACGCUCUCGUGCACGAGCUGGUGAGCGCGUUGGAAGACGUGCGGCGCGAGCGCGUCCGGUGCGGUGCGGCCGAGGCGUUGGCGCGGCUCGUGGACGCGCUGCAGCUGCACGUCGUGCCCUACGUCGUGUUGCUCGUGCUGCCGCUGCUCGGACGAAUGAGUGAUCACUGUGAAGCGGUGCGAACGAUGUCCACCAGGUGUUUCGCCACACUAAUACAACUGAUGCCUUUGGAGGGUGCCAUACCCGAGCCAGAGGGGCUCUCACCUGAGAUGCGUGCACGAAGGCAACGUGACAAACAAUUUUUGGAACAGCUUUUUAAUCCUAAAUCAAUCAAGGAUUACAAGAUUCCAGUACCUGUGUCUGCGGAAUUGAGAUGUUAUCAACAGGCUGGUGUGAACUGGUUGCGCUUCUUGUACGACUACGGGCUUCACGGCGUGCUUUGCGACGACAUGGGGCUGGGCAAGACGCUGCAGUCGAUCGUAGUGGUGGCGGGCUCGCACUGGGAGCGCGCGCAGCAGCAGCGCGAGCCGCUGCCCUCGCUCGUCGUCUGCCCGCCCACGCUCACCGGUCAUUGGGUGUUCGAAGUGAAUAAGUUCAUUCCAACAAAAUUCCUCAAGCCACUGCAAUACGUUGGGCCACCGGUGGAGCGGGAACGACUGCGUGCUCAAGUUAAAUACUACAACCUCAUUGUAGCUUCAUACGACAUUGUGCGGAAAGACAUUGAUUUUUUCAGCAACAUAAAGUGGAACUACUGUAUAUUAGACGAGGGUCAUGUGAUCAAGAAUGGAAAAACAAAGGCGUUUAAGGCAAUAAAGCAGCUCAUUGCUAAUCAUAGACUUAUCCUCUCGGGAACCCCCAUUCAGAACAACGUACUGGAGCUGUGGUCGCUGUUCGACUUCCUGAUGCCGGGGCUGCUGGGCACGGAGCGGCAGUUCACGGCACGCUACUCGCGGCCCAUACUGGCGGCGCGCGACGCCAAGGCCACGCCGCACCAGCUGCAGGCCGGCGCGCUCGCCUGCGAGGCGCUGCACCGCCAGGUGCUACCGUUCCUACUUCGUCGCGUAAAGGAGGAUGUGCUCCGCGAAUUGCCGCCGAAGAUCACUCAAGAUUACUACUGCGAGCUCAGUCCGCUGCAGCGACGUCUUUACGAGCAUUUCUCGCGAGACCACGUACCACAAGACCUUACGCACUCACACACCCACGUAUUCCAGGCGCUCCACUACCUGCAGAACGUGUGCAAUCACCCGAAGCUGGUGCUGACCCCCGAGCACCCCGAGGCGGCGCGCGUGGCGCACGAGCUGGCCGCGCACAACUCCUCGCUCGACGACAUACACCACUCCGCCAAGCUGCCCGCGCUCAAACAACUCCUUCUAGACUGCGGCAUCGGCAUAAGCACAACGGACGCUGAGAACGGCGCUGUAGUAUCACAGCAUCGUGCACUCAUCUUCUGUCAAUUAAAGAAGAUGUUGGACAUCGUGGAGAAUGACCUGCUUCGCCGGCACUUGCCGGGCGUCACGCACCUGCGACUCGACGGCAGCGUGCCGCCGCACCAACGGCAUGCCAUUGUUACGCGGUUCAAUACUGACGUCUCCAUUGACUUGCUGUUGCUUACGACUGCGGUGGGCGGGCUGGGUUUGAACCUGACGGGCGCGGACACGGUGAUCUUCGUGGAGCACGACUGGAACCCCAUGAAGGACCUGCAGGCCAUGGACCGCGCGCACCGCAUCGGCCAGCGCAAGGUCGUCAACGUAUACCGCCUCGUCACCAGAGACACGCUCGAGGAGAAAAUUAUGGGACUGCAAAAGUUCAAGCUUAUGACAGCUAACACAGUAAUCAGCAGUGAAAACGCAGCCAUGGAAACCAUGGGCACUGACCAGCUCUUAGACUUGUUCCAACUUUCGGGGCAGAGUCCUAGCCAACCGCAGCAGCCGUCUAGCGCAUCUGGCGUUAAGUCCGUGCUGGAAACACUUCCAGACCUGUGGGAUGACAAGCAAUAUGAAGAGGAAUACGAUAUGACCAACUUUAUAAAAAGUUUAAACAAUAUCAAGACAUGA